CAGUCCUUUGGCUCAGCUUGUGCGUUUCACAGUGCCCUAGGUAUCAAAAUUCCAUGGGAUCAGCCAAAAAUGCCUUAAGUGAACCUGUUGAUGUUGAGGAGGGUGUUAGUACAAUGGCUUCCUUCCAGCGUUCUAAUAGUCAUGACAAAGUAAGGAAAAUAGUUGCAGAAGAAGGUCGGACAGCACGGAACCUAAUUGCAUGGAGUGUCCCUUUGGAGAACAAAGAGGAUGAUGGAAAGUCUAAAGGGCACAUAGGUGGAAAAUCCAAGAGAGGAAAUCAAGGAACACACAAAACUGCAAAACAGAGCACUACAGGAGAAUGUAAAGUAACAUCAGCACCAGCUGGAGAUAAAAACUUCGACAAAAGUCCAACAAAAACAAGACAGCCUCGCAAAGUUGAUCUGAGAGCUCGAUACUGGGCAUUUCUUUUUGACAAUCUUAGACGGGCCGUCGAUGAAAUCUAUGUUACUUGUGAAUCAGAUCAGAGCGUUGUAGAGUGCAAGGAAGUCCUAAUGAUGCUAGACAACUAUGUAAGAGAUUUCAAGGCAUUGAUUGACUGGAUACAACUACAGGAAAAACUAGAGAAAGCAGAUGCUCAAAGCCGACCUACUUCUUUGGCUUGGGAAGUUAAGAAGAUGUCUCCGGGACGCCAUGUAAUCCCAAGUCCAUCAACAGACAGAAUCAAUGUAACAUCAAAUGCUCGGAGAAGUUUAAAUUUUGGAAACCCAUCUGUGACAAUUGCUGCUACCCGUUUGGCUCCCUCAGGUGUAAGUUGGGCAGAUAAGGUGAAAGCCAGCCAUGGAGCUAAAUCUGUUACUCCAGAACUAGCAAGUACACAGCCUUAUAUGCCAACACCAGGGCAGAAGUCAUCAAGGAGAAAUGACAGGAAGGAUGCAGAAGGAUGGGAAACAGUUCAGCGUGGAAGGCCUGUUCGAUCCCGGUCUACAGCUGUGACAACAAAAACUCCUUUAGCUAUAGAAUCGUUAAGAUCCAAGGAUGAUAGUGACAAAGAGAAUACAUGCUGCACCCCAUCAGAGAGCAAACCAAAGAGUUUGUUCACAGGAGAUAUUGCAUCCAAAACAGUCGAGUCUCUACAGAAAGAUUCUUCACAUCAGUGUGAGCAUCCUCUUACUGAAAGGUCUCAAUUUGCUGUACGUGUACCAGAGGAUAUUAGGAAUACCAAUGCAUUUUUGCAAGAUAGUUCUUUACAAACACCUCCUGAAACACCUGCAGUUCUCACAGAUGCUGAACAUACUUCAGAAAAUCUACAGAUUGAUGAAUCUUCCCCUCUGAAUCCUGGCAGUACAGAGAAGAUUCAAACAGAGAAAGCUAAGAUUGAAAGUGAAAUGGACCCUUCAGACAUUUCAAAUUCUAUGGCAGAAGUCCUUGCUAAAAAAGAAGAGUUAGCAGACCGCCUAGAAAAGGCCAAUGAAGAAGCCAUAGCUAGUGCUAUUGCAGAAGAAGAGCAGCUCACUAGAGAGAUUGAAGCAGAAGAAAACAAUGACAUUAACAUUGAGACGGACAAUGAUAGUGAUUUUUCUGCUAGCAUGGGCAGCGGAAGUAUAUCUUUCUGUGGCAUGUCUAUGGACUGGAAUGAUGUCCUAGCAGAUUAUGAAGCUCGUGAGUCAUGGCGUCAGAAUAAUUCCUGGGGAGAUAUAGUAGAAGAAGAACCUGCACGUCCUCCAGGCCAUGGAAUACACAUGCAUGAGAAACUUUCUUCACCAUCUCGCAAAAGAACAAUAGCAGAAUCUAAAAAGAAACUUGAAGAGAAACAGAUGAAAGCUCAACAGCUGAGAGAAAAGUUGCGUGAAGAGAAAACACUAAAGCUUCAAAAACUGAUGGAGCGGGAGAAAGAUGUGCGAAAGUGGAAAGAGGAGUUAUUGGACCAAAGACGCAGGAUGAUGGAGGAAAAACUCCUCCAUGCGGAAUUUAAACGUGAAGUGCAGUUGCAAGCAAUUGUGAAAAAAGCACAAGAGGAAGAAGCAAAGGUGAAUGAAAUUGCAUUUAUAAACACUUUAGAAGCCCAGAAUAAGCGUCAUGAUGUGCUGAAUAAACUAAAAGAAUAUGAACAAAGGCUAAAUGAAUUACAAGAAGAGCGCCAACGAAGGCAGGAAGAAAAGCAAGCACGAGAUGAAGCUGUUCAGGAGCGUAAAAGAGCUCUGGAAGCAGAACGCCAAGCACGGGUCGAAGAGCUGCUGAUGAAGAGGAGAGAACAAGAAGCUCGAAUUGAGCAGCAGCGGCAAGAAAAAGAGAAAGCACGGGAAGAUGCAGCACGAGAAAGGGCCAGAGACCGAGAGGAGAGGCUGGCAGCUCUCACUGCAGCUCAACAAGAAGCCAUGGAAGAGCUACAGAAGAAGAUUCAGUUAAAGCAUGAUGAAAGCAUUCGGAGGCACAUGGAACAAAUUGAACAUAGGAAAGAAAAGGCAGCUGAAUUAAGCAGUGGGAGACAUGCUAAUACUGAUUAUGCACCAAAACUUACCCCAUAUGAGCGGAAAAAGCAGUGUUCACUAUGCAGUGUUUUGAUUUCCUCAGAGGUGUAUCUUUUUAGUCAUAUUAAGGGGAAAAAACACCAACAAGCAGUGAGAGAAAAUAGUAGCAUCCAAGGACGUGAACUUUCAGAUGAAGAAGUGGGACAAAGACCUCCAGGACAUCCUCACCUGCUAAGACAUUGCCAACCACUUCUGCAACUCGGGGCUCCAGUGGAGAAGAUAGCAGCAGGGUCCUAGUCGUGUCACCUGCCGCUUCCUCUGAGGAGGAUAGACCGCAGAGCUCGACCUCCAUACCCGCUCUGCUUUCAACAGUGCUGCCAAGGAGACACAGGCUACUGAGGCAGGCUGCUGCUGAUGCAAGCACAGACAGGAUCAUGGAUACCCUCAGGGACUGCAAGCAUUGGCUGCUCAAGAUGGUGAGACAGAUCUGUCUGGCUAAGGAAAGAUUCAUUGCCAUCCAGUGCAACAGGAAUUGCUCCGAGUCCAGGAGGCAUUCCCAGAGCUGGGAAGACUGGCAAAUAAUAGCCGGGCUCCUUGCAAUGAUACUAUGCCUGCUGGUGGUUGGCCCUUCUCCUUCCUGGGAGCGGGACAGGUGGUAUGGAUCUGUGCUCUGCCACCCACCAGUUUGCAGUCGAGCUCAGAAAGUCCACCUUAGAGCUGAAGUUUUUUAGUUAGAAAUGAUUAUUGCUCAGAUUGAUUUUUUUUUUUCCGCGAAUCAUGCA